AUGCCGCUGCCCGACACCAUGUUCUGCGCGCAGCAGAUCCGCAUCCCCCCGGAGCUGCCGGACAUCCUGAAGCAGUUCACCAAGGCGGCCAUCCGCACGCAGCCGGCCGACGUGCUGCAGUGGUCCGCGGGGUAUUUUUCAGCUUUGUCAAGAGGAGACCCACUUCCUGUGAAGGACAGAAUCGAGAUGCCGGUGGCCACGCAGAAAACAGACACAGGCCUGAGUCAGGGACUCCUUAAGGUGCUGCACAAGCAGUGUAGCCACAAGCCGCACGUGAACUUAGAGGAUCUGGAGCAGAAGUGGAAAAAUUUGUGCCUGCCAGCAGAAAAAUUCAGAACUCUGUUACAACUGGAUCCUUGCGAAGGCACAAUGGAGUGGAUCAAGUUUUUAGCGCUCGGAUGCAGCACGCUUGGCGGGUCCCUGAACACAGCCAUGAAGCACCUGUGUGAGAUCCUCACCAAUGACCCGGACGGCGGGCCCGCUCGCAUCCCGUUUGAGACUUUCUCCUACGUCUACCAGUACUUGGCCGGCUUAGACCCAGACAUCCCUCCCUUGGAGACAGAAGCCUAUCUUGCCUCUUUAAAGGAAAAAGUAGACUCUAGAAAGAAUGGCCUGAUCGGAGUUUCAGAUUUCUUUUCUGCAAAGAGAAAUAUUUAGAAAACCUCAGCAAGAGAACUCUGAAGACACACCAUUUAGUAAGGAGAAGACAUUUUAAUGUCAAAAUAGCACUUUUGAAAACCUUGGCACCAAAUACAGCUUGUCAU